UUAAAGUGCUACAAUUAGGUGACCGAUUCAUCAAUAUGUCUUUCGACGUCAAUUGGGACGUCGAAAAUCAGAGAGAAGAUCACGAAUGCGAAGAACACUGGCAGUUAAGAAAGGCGUUUAUAGAGCGAUGGAAGAACGAAUAUCCUAAAGACAGACUGGUUUGCCUAGCUAGAGUCUUCGCUAACAUGGAAUUCAUGGGUUGCCGGUACCCCACAGAAGUCAUGCAAGAAGUUGCAAGGCUCUCACAAGAAGUAGCAAGUGCCUACAGAAAAUCUAAGAAAGGUAAACUCCAAAGGACAUUUGUGUCAGCCUCCGAUGCUGCUGAGGACAGAGCGAGAGGUGUCAAGCGUGAAGGUGGCAUCAUCAAAGAUGGUCCGGAACCAAAAUCUUCUAAAAUCCAGUUUGUGAAACAGGGCCAGGGUGGCAAUGAAGAAGAGAGUGAGGACAAGGAUGUGGAAAGUAGAAUAAGGAAUUUGAUUAGUUCGAGUAUAUCCAGCAAAUCAACCGAGGACGCCCGAAAGCCCCUCGGGGAUCUUAAUGAGUACCUAAAAGACCUGAGCAGCGUACGGUGCCUGGACGCACGGGUAUUUGACGACAGCAUGUUCUUCAGCAGUUUUGGGCAGCUGGUGUUGCUCAUCAGGCCUUGGGCAGGGAAAUGGUGGAAUAUACAAACAAGCUGUCAAGUAUGCAAUAUCCCGUUCAACUCAACGUUUGAAGACGGGGCUAUGUCUAUGAUCAUCAACGGACUACUAGUAGCCCGGGCAACGGGGGCCUGUAAAGCGGACGCCAAGUGCAACGUCGAGAUCAUGGCAUGGAAUAGACUACGCGAGGAAGUGGUAACAGUGGUGGUUAAGGAACAAUUCAGAGCAGACGGCGGCGCCAUCUCGGUGAGCCAGGUGACGGGGCGGCGCGACGACGAGUUCGGGGCGCCCGUCGAGAACAGCGUCGCCACUAAGAUGAUGAAGUUGAUGGGCUGGAAGGGCGGCGGGCUGGGCGCCGACGCGCAGGGCAUCGAGGAGCCUAUCAAGCCGCAUUUGCAAAUGGUGAACCGCCAAGGGCUGGGCAGCACUUGCUCCGACGCCCAGAGCCUCCGUCGAGCAGCCUUCACCCUCAUGAGGCGAUACUUAGCUUCAGACUGUCUCGACGUCGACCUUAUCUUCAGUAAAGACUUCUCCAAGGAAGAGCGGUCUAUUUUACAUCAGGUCGCGCAGAAGGUCGGCUUGGCCAGCAGAAGCUACGGAACUGGAGAAGAAAGAUUCCUAGUGGUAAAGAAGAAGCUAGACCCCUUCUCGCUCACACGUGCUGUGUUAGAAAAGGGCGGUAACACCCCCAAGUACCAGGUAUUCAUACCGUGCGGCGCCAGUAAAAGAACUCAAAGAAAUGGAAGAUAUUGAUACAUUUAUACGCCGUUUGUAUACAAAAAAAAUUAGGGCAAAGUUGACGACUUGUCUUUUAAAGAUUCAAUGUCUCAAACUAAACAAGACGUAAUGUCAUCAGUUCCGCGAUAAAUUAAUUUUUAUUUCAGAUUUAAGAUGAUUAAUUGAUAAAUGUAAAUCUCAUUUACAUGUCAAACAUACAAGAUAUAUUAAUAAAACUUAUAAAUUAAUUCUCAAUAAUUAUUUCAGCUUAAUUAUUUAAUAUUUGGAAUUCAUAUCUGUCUAAGCUACCUCUGCACCGACUUCGCAGUGAUAAUAAAUUCUAAAAACAUCACAUUUUCAUAGGAAUUUACCUUUAUGUUGGCAGGUAGCUUUAUCCUACUCUAGAAGAAAUGUACCUACCAUUAUUCAAUUUUUUUUCAAUUCAAUUCAAUAUUUUAAUUCGAAUAAUACAAUCCAUAUUAGUGUUAGUACAUAGCACAGUAAAACUUAUAAAUCUAUGUUAGUGACACCUAUAACAACAAACAAAAAUAAAAAUAAUAAUAAACAUUAAUUAAAAGCGGCGCGGUGCGGCGAGCGGCGGCGCGUGCAGCCGUACCCAGCGCGCGAACAAAGGCGAGUCCCAGCGCUGCGCCAGCACGCUUAGAAUACUGUUUGGGCUACCGCGAAGACGGUUUAGUAAUG